AUGUUUGCGUCACUUCUGAAACGAUCAAUCUCCUCCCAAACAGAUGCAAGAAAGGAUGGUUUUUUCACUUGCAAGAGUGAGGUGCGUCAAGGCGAUCCGUUAUCACCUCUUCUGUUUUUCUUGGCAGAGGACGUUUUAAGAAGAGGGAUGACUAAGCUGGUAGAAAACAAACAAGUGAAGCUGAUUAAGGCUUCCCGAAAUUCUUAUGUGCCUUCACAUGUUCUUUAUGCCGACGACAUUAUGGGUCAAUUUCCAGUCAAAGGCACAAUCAUAUUGCUUCUUGUCUUGGUUUCCACACGGGUCAGACUAGUUAUAGUUAAGUCGGUGAUCCAAAGCAUGAUGAUUCCCACUAUGUUGAUUUAUUCUUGGCCUACUUCGGUUUUGAAGAACAUUCAUAGAUGGGCUGGGAAUUUUAUUUGGAGUGGUGAGAUUGACACUCGCAAGAUUGUUACGGUUACCUGGGAUAAAUGUUGUCGCCCUUAUGAGGAGGGUGGACUGGGGACUAGAUCUUUGGUUACUUUAAACGAGGAUGCUAAUUUGAAAUAG